AUGUGUAGAUCAAAAUGGGGUUACUGUGGAACGGGAGAAGCAUAUUGUGGUGAUGGUUGUACAGCGAAACCCUUUUUUGGUGGUAAUAGCGGUGGAAAUGAAAAUAAUGUCAUCAAUGGAGAUGGUUCCAUCACCACAGAACAAAAUUUUGCGUGCGCUUUCAACACAAUCGAUGCUGGAACAAGACUCAAUCGACUCAUUGAUCUUAGAAAUUCAGGUUGGAAACCAUCGAACAAGGAAGAAGCAGCUGUUUUUCUUGCUCAUGUUUUCCACGAAACUGAUGGUCUGAAAACAAUCAGAGAAUAUUGUGCUCCAGAUAAAACUGAAUAUCAAUUAGGCUGUGGUUCUGGUUAUGCUGGAUCAUGGUGCAGUAUUCAAGGUGUAUCUGACAAAUUGUACUAUGGUCGUGGUUGGUUCCAACUAUCCUAG